AUGACUGUCACUUACUCCAGUAGAGUAGCAAAUGCGACCUUUUUUGGAUUUCAUAGGUUACUUCUCAAGUGGAGAGGCAGCAUCUACAAACUCCUAUACAGGGAAUUUAUUGUUUUUGCUGUUCUUUACACAGCAAUAAGUUUGGUGUACAGAUUGUUACUUACAGGAGCCCAAAAACGUUACUUUGAAAAAUUAUCAAUUUACUGUGACAGAUAUGCUGAACAAAUUCCAGUAACCUUUGUGCUUGGGUUUUAUGUUACUCUAGUAGUGAACCGAUGGUGGAACCAGUUUGUGAAUCUGCCCUGGCCUGACAGGCUGAUGUUCCUCAUCUCCAGCAGUGUCCACGGAAGUGACCAGCAUGGACGCCUUCUCAGAAGGACACUGAUGCGUUAUGUAAAUCUCACAUCCCUGCUCAUCUUCCGCUCUGUGAGCACGGCUGUGUACAAAAGGUUUCCAACAAUGGACCACGUAGUUGAAGCAGGUUUUAUGACAGCAGAUGAAAGGAAAAUAUUUGACCACCUCAAAUCUCCUCAUCUGAAAUACUGGGUUCCAUUCAUCUGGUUUGGUAAUCUUGCAACUAAAGCCCGAGAUGAAGGUAGAAUCAGAGACAGUGUUGAUCUUCAAUCAUUGAUGACUGAAAUGAAUCGAUACCGCUCUUGGUGCAGCCUCUUAUUCGGUUAUGACUGGGUUGGGAUUCCACUGGUUUACACCCAGGUUGUCACUCUUGCUGUCUACACCUUCUUCUUUGCAUGCCUGAUUGGACGCCAGUUUUUGGAUCCCACCAAAGGCUACGCGGGGCAUGACUUAGAUCUUUACAUUCCAAUCUUUACUCUCCUACAAUUCUUCUUCUAUGCAGGAUGGCUCAAGGUGGCUGAGCAGCUUAUCAACCCUUUUGGAGAAGAUGAUGAUGAUUUUGAAACUAACUGGUGCAUUGAUAGAAAUUUGCAGGUCUCUCUUUUAGCUGUGGAUGAAAUGCAUAUGAGCUUACCCAAGAUGAAGAAGGACAUUUACUGGGACGAUUCUGCUGCUCGACCACCAUACACGCUGGCAGCAGCUGAUUAUUGCAUACCCUCAUUUCUAGGGUCAACAAUCCAAAUGGGGCACUCUGAGUCUGACUUCCCUGGCGAGGAGUGGCUGUGGGACUAUGAGAAGCACGGCCAACGGCAUUCGGUGAUCAGGAGAGUCAAGCGGUUCCUGAGUACCCACGAGCACCCCGCCAGCCCCAAGAGGAGGAGCUUUGGGAGGCAGGCCAGCGACAGCUCCAUGUUAUUCCCGCUCAGCCCAGCUCGCGACCUGCUGGACGUGCCCUCAAGAAACCCCCAUAGAGCUUCGCCGACUCGGAAACAGUCCCACUCCCUCGAGAGCAGUCCCAAGGUGCACUCCAGCAUGGGAGAGCUGUCCACAAUCAGGGAGACCAGCCGGACCAGCACUCUGCAGAGCCUGACCCCGCAGUCCAGUGUGCGGGCCUCCCCCACCAAAAUGCCACAGGUCCCCGAGGUACUGGUCACCGAUGCUGAAGCUCCAGAGCCCUCUUACGAGGGCCACCACCACGACUCCGCUACCUCCAUCUUGAGCUUAGAGUUCACUGGGGUUCAACCCAGCAGGACUGGGCAGCAGGAGGACCCAGCGGGACUCCUGGCCCCCUCCGAAAAGGGGACACCUCCUCUGGGGCCUAGUCCUCAGACUGGUCCAGACAGCGACGAGAGACACCUUUUUCUGUUCGAGGAAGACCCAAUUGAGGAUAGGUUCCCCAAAAGGUGGAGUCUCCCAGAGUUCCGCGAGUCUAACCACACCUCCCUGGCAAACCUAGGUCCAGAUCCCCUGAGCCCCGUGCCCGCCCUGUUGAUCGACACGGAAACGUCCUCGGAGACCAGUGGAACCAACUAUGGGGUCGGCUCUGGAGUCUCUCCUGAUAUGCUGUACUUGAUGGAAAACCUGGACACCCAGGAAACUGAUAUCCUAGAAUUUAACAACGAGCAAACAGAGGGAAUGCCACAAAGUUCUAGGACCUAGUUCUAGCCUAGAUUCGUACUUUACCAAAAGCUCAGCAUUAGUCCCAGAAUACCCAAGGGGCUGGUCUUUUUUUUUUUUUUUUUUAAUCACACAAUAAGCUACUUAGAACAUUGAAGGGCAUUAGGAUCCUUUUUGAAAACCAUGAAAAUCAAACAAAUUCACAUCAUCCCCAAAUUGCUAUCAUGGAAGUUAUGCACACCAUAUUGAAUUAUCCUAACCAAUAAGGAGUCUUGUAUAAAUAUAUAUGACUUAGAAAUUCACAGAUUAUUAUCUUUGGAAGGGCCUUAUAGAUCACAGUCCAAUCCCCUAGAUACAAAAUCCAAGGCAGGAUUCUCUCUUUCUUUUCUCUUUCUUUUUUCUUUCUUCCUUUUUUCCCUUCUUUUCUUUAAAGAUGGGAGAUGUAUCAGAAUGCCAAAGGCUCUUUUGUAUUUACAAUAUUUUGGGGCUUUCCAUUGACCUCACUCCCACUUUUCUAUAACUGUUAUUAUUAACGUUUUCCAAUUCUUAAGCUCCAUCCAUGUUAGAAAGCUUCAUUUCUCUUCAAUCUUCCUUUUUUUCUUUCCCUUUUAUUCUGUUAUUCUGUUUUUUCCUUUCCCUUUUCCUUGUCUUGCUCCUUCUCCAGUGACUCACCUGUUUUACAGGUGAGAGUAUUUUAUAGUAUUUUCUCUUUCCAGCUCUGUUGCUUGCUUGCUUCUUGCUAUGGUAUUCAAAAUAUGAGGAACUGGCAAAACAUCCUACCAAUUAAUCAAUGAUGUUAACAGAUCUCCCACUCUUCCAGUCUCAUUGUAGAAGGGGUGUUGGAGUUGAUGGUGACCAUUCUCUCAAAGCCAUUGCUGUUUCUUUCUUUUUCUACUCUUUGAUCUUGGACACUGGAGAAACUAAAGCCAAGAGGAUAUGAAACUUGCAUAAUCAAUUGCUGUGGAACCAAAGUAUAACAUGGCUCAAAUCUGUUUAACUUGAACUCUGAAACAAAAAUCCCAAUUGUGUUACAAUGUGGGACCAGUUACUGUGUCUAAUAGGUCAUUUGAAAUGAAAGAGGAUAUUGGAGCUGGGUAGAUAAUGGGGUCCAGGACUGCAUG